AUGUUAAAUCCCCAGUCAUGUUCCUGUCCGUUAUUGGAGACUGGUAUCUCGCUUGUCAACUCAACUGUAUGCAACGGUGCGGUAUUAUUCAUGGUAAUGCUGGAAGCUUACCUGCGAGGUCGUUGCGAUAUCGCCUCUCCCUGCAGUAGAAUAGACCCCGUUGACAAAGUCGAUGAAGCAUACGACUUUAUCGUGGUGGGUUCAGGUUCAGCGGGCUCUAUUGUGGCUGGAAGAUUGAGUGAGAUAGAACAUUUUAAGGUUUUAUUAUUAGAAGCAGGCGGCGAGGAGCCUAUUGGAGCUCGUCCUCCGGGUUUCUAUCGCAACUUUUGGCAGAACGAAGACAUCGACUGGUCAUAUCGGACUGCACCUGGAAAUUACUGCCUCGAUCAGAAAGAGAAAGGAUGCUCUUGGCCUAGAGGGAAAGUAAUCGGUGGCACUAGUGUGCUAAAUGGUAUGAUGUACCACCGCGGACACGCAGCUGAUUACGCGGCCUGGGGCAAGGAAUGGUCUUGGGAAAAGAACCUACCAUACUUCUUUAUUACUGAAGGCAAUCGAGAAGCGGGCACUGUAGUUAAUUCUCAAUGGCACUCACAAACAGGACCGAUGCCCGUUCAACAAUUCAGAUACCAACCUUCUUUUCUAUACGACAUAAUGCGAGCAAUCAAAGAAGCUGAGUUGCCCAUCAUACAAGACAUGAACGAUCUCAAUACUCCUGAAGGGUUUUCUAUUGCACAAGCUUUUACUGAAAAUGGUCAAAGAUACACAACAGCUCGUGUGUAUCUGAAGCCGCGUUUCUUACGUCCGAAUCUACAUGUCAAGAUAAAUGCUCACGUCUUUAAAGUCCUGAUAGACAACAACCGCGCGUACGGUGUACAAUAUUAUGAUGAAAAGGGAAAUAUAAAAACUGUUUAUGCCACCAAAGAAGUGAUACUAAGCGCUGGCACCCUCAGCACUCCUCACAUCCUCUUCCACUCAGGCAUAGGUCCUCGAGACAUGCUGGAAGGUUACGGCAUACCGGUCAUAGCAGACCUGCCUGUAGGUCAGAACCUGAGGAACCACCUCGGAGUCACUUUAGAGUUCUUAAUUACUAAAUACGAUCAGAAACGAUGCCUGGAUUGGAGCGCUUUAGUUCAGUAUUUGCUGAACAGAGACGGGCCGAUGAGCGCCACUGGACUGACCCAGUUAUCAGGAUUGUUGUACUCAAGUUUGGCAGAUCGGAGCCACAACCAGCCUGAUUUGCAGUUUUUCUUCAACGGUUUCUACGCGGAAUGUUCACAGACAGGCAAGGUUGGAGAACCGGAGAAUAUCGGACAGAAAGGAGUUAAUAUCAGUAUAAGUGCGGUGGCGCUACUACCGCGCAGUGUGGGUUACACAGUGUUGACCUCUAGCGACCCUAAGGUCCGGCCUGUAUUCUACCCGCAGUAUUUCUCACAUCCCGAUGACAUGCUGAUGGUGAAAGACGCAGCGAAGUAUGUACACAGGAUAGUUAAAAGUCAUACACUACAUCAUAAAUACGGUAUAAAGUUGCACCCGGGGUUCGCGAAGCAAUGCACAGCGGCAGAGUGGUCUGAAGAAUGGCUGGAGUGCGUAGCGCGCGUUGCCACAGACCCGCAGAACCAUCAGGUCGGUACCGCUGCUAUGGGACUUGUGCUGGACGAUACGUUAGCCGUGUAUAAUAUACAAGGUCUACGAGUGAUAGACGCGUCUGCAAUACCAAUGCAGCCCACAGGCAACCCGCAAGGCGUUAUCAUGAUGGUCGCCGAGCGCGGAGUCGACUUCAUCAAGAAAUACUGGGCCUCGUAUUUAUAA